AUGUUUAAUUCCGAUAAAGAAAAACAAAAAAAUCAUAAAAGAAUUUUUAAUCAAUAUAAAAAUUAUGAUGAAUUAGACAUAAAUGAAGUAUCCACAAUAUUAUUGAACCAGUAUAAAAUAAUUGGUGGAAGGAAGUUUUUAAAUAAUCAUGAAGCGAAUUACUUCCUGCCAUCAGAUGAAAUGGAAUUUCGGCGAAUAGAGAUUGCUCAUGUGUUAACCCGAUAUUCAUGGAAGGGCAAUUAUAGUGCACCAGUUGAAGAAAUAUUGAAAAAUGGUAAAGCUAACGUUCUCGACGCUGGGUGUGGAAUAGGUUGUUGGGUCCUUGAUUUAGGGCACGAUUUUCCAAAUUCAACAUUUGUCGGUAUAGACAUUCAAUCAAAUGGAUUUCCAUCAGUAAACGAACGUCCUCAAAAUACUGGAUUUUUAGAACAUAACUUACUGCGAGGAAUUCCAUUUCCCGACGAAACGUUUGAUUACGUUCAUAUGUCAUCAAUGUGGAUGGCGCUUACUAAACAACAAUACAUAAAUGCAAUCCAUGAAUUAGUACGUGUAACAAAAUAUAAUGGGUGGAUUGAAAUUUAUGAACCGAAUCUUGAUCUUAAAAAUUUAGGAAGCUCUAUGAAAGCCGUUCAGGAUGCUUACAAAAAAUUAUGUGUAUCGAUGGGCGGAUGGGCAGGAAGAUAUAGUGAAUAUGUAUUAGAAGCUGUUAAGCAAUUUUUUGUAUCUGCUACUUAUAUGCCAAACUAUAUGGGAAUAACUCAAAGUGUUUAUCAUGAAUUAAUUGACGAAUUCGAUAAACAGUGUAAUCAAAAUCAAACCUUUAUGGAAAUAUAUAGAUUUGUUGCUAAAAAAGUGAAAAUUCAGUAA